GUCUCGCAAUCUCACUCCGAGCCAAGCUUGCCUCCAUCACCAUGGAGGACACAGGAGGCUCUAAGCUCAUUCAAAAUCUGACUUUGAAUAUCGGCGCAAUUUCCAAAGUGAUUUCUUUGACGCCUACUUUCCAGCAUGUCACCUGGAUUCAACAGAACAUCUGCAAGAAGGAGUGUUGCUUCUUCUUUGAAAAGGGUGCCAGUCUUUGUUCUUCGGCUCAACAAAGAGAGGACGUGUGCAUGUGCGGCUACUCCAAAAGCGAGCAUGUGGCCGACGCCAUUCGGACAGAAGACACGGGCGAUGGCACCUGGGACCCGCACGUGCACGUCCGUGAAGUACCUACAGAUGCUUUCGGGGACAUCAGCUUUGGUGGUUUGAGACAGACGACGACCAAGUAUGCUCGAGUGUCCACAGAGACCAGUCCUGAGGUGCUAUACCAGCUAAUGACUGAGCAGUGGAAAAUAUCUCCACCCAACCUACUCAUCUCGGUCACCGGGGGAGCCAAGAACUUCUACCUGAAGACCCGGCUGAAGAACAUCUUCCAAAGAGGUCUCAUCAAAGUGGCCCAGACAACAGGCGCGUGGAUCAUCACAGGUGGAACCAACACUGGUGUCAUGAAGCAUGUGGGGCAGGCUGUGAGGGAUUACUCCCUUAGUAGCUCCAUGCAAGGCCAGAUUGUGACCAUUGGCCUGGCAACAUGGGGAGUCAUUCAUAAUAAAGAAGUCUUGGUGAAUUCCCAGGGAUGUUUCCCGGCUCAUUACCCGAUGGACGUCAAGGGUAGACUGCCUUGCCUUGACAACAACCACACUCACUUCCUGUUGGUGGACGACGGCACGUACGGCCGCUACGGCGUCGAGAUCAAUCUGAGGAGUCGUCUGGAGAAGUUCAUCUCUGAAAAGACUCUUGGAAACAAAGCUGUUGGAGUGAACAUCCCUGUGGUCUUAGUGGUUUUGGAUGGAGGAGCAGGCACUCUCAAUACCAUCUACACGGCCAUGCUCAACGACACGCCGUGCGUGGUGUUGGAGGGUUCCGGGAGAAUGGCCGACGUGAUCGCCCAUGCGGCGGGGCUACCCGUCAACCAGGUCACCAUCAGCCUCAUUCACCGUCUGCUCAAGAAAUUCCUCAGCCUGGAGUACGACAACUUCACUGACCUCAGAAUCAUCGAGUGGACUAAGAAGAUUCAGGACAUCAUCAGGAUGUCUCACCUGCUGACGGUGUUCAGAGGAGGUGGAGACAGUCACGGAGACGUGGAUGUGGCCAUCCUCCAAGCACUCUUUAAAGCUUCAAGGGUUAGCGCAUCACAAGUAGUGGACGGGUGGCGGAGGCAGCUGGAACUGGCUAUAGUAUGGAACAGAGUGGACAUAGCCACCACUGAGAUCUUCACCGACGAGAGUCAAUGGAAGUCCAGUGAUCUUCACUGGGCCAUGUUCUCAGCCCUGGUGGGCAACAAGCCUCGGUUUGUGAGCCUCUUGCUGGAGAACGGCGUGAGUUUGAGGGAGUUCCUACAGAGCGAAGACACUCUGUGCGAACUUUAUAAGCAGCUGCCCAACUGUUUCUUCCUGCGUAAAUUGGCAAAGCGCGUCCACGCCUCCUGCUACCGGAGGAGGAAAGUGUUCGCCGUCAGGAACCGCGUGCACUCUUCGCAGACUGAGGGCAUCGCCUUGAAUCAUGUGUCGGAUGAAGUGCGCCACCUACUGGGGAAUUUUACCCAACCCAUCUACCCGCCACCCGCAACCAUGUACCACUUUAACAUGGAAGACGCGACAUCGCUGUCGAGAAGCCUGUCGGGUUCCCAAGCUCCGCUCAGAGUGGACCUUGCUGAGGCCCAGAGAGACCCAGCCAGAGACCUUUUUCUUUGGGCUGUCGUCCAGAAAAAUAAAGAGCUGUCUGAAAUCACCUGGGAACAGUGUACAGACUGUGUGUCCGCCGCUCUGGCCGCCUGCAAGAUCCUGGGGAAAAUGGCCGAGGAGGGAAGCGAUGCAGACGAGGCCGCCAAUAUGCAAGAGCUAGCUGAUCACUUUGAGAUGCACGCCAUCGGUGUGUUCACCAAGUGUUACAGCGCGAGUGAGGAGCGGGCCAAGAGGCUCCUGGUUCGUGUGUCACCAUUUUGGGGGAAGACCACGUGCCUGAGGCUAGCGCUGGAGGCUAACUGUAAAAGCUUUGUGGCGCUGUCAGGUGUCCAGGCCCUCCUGACUGAGAUCUGGUGUGGAGAACUUUCAGUGGACAAUCCAGUGUGGAGAGUGACAAUCUGCAUGAUUUUCUUUCCGCUUAUCUACACUGGCUUCCUGACUUACAGACCCGAUGAGCUAAUCCAGAAGCAAAAUAAGAAAUGUGAGGAUAUCAAGACGGUGGCGAGCGUCACAGGAAGUGUGCGCCAAACUAAAGCUAAGAGUCCUGAUCUCACAACCGUGAAGUCUCUGAACUGCUGGUCCAGGCUGACUUGCCUCUACAGCUCGCCGCAGGUCAAGUUCUACUGGAAUAUCGUGUCCUACUUUGCCUUCCUCUUCCUUUUUGCCAUUGUGCUGAUGAUGGACUUUCAGACCACGCCCUCGCCGGCGGAGAUUCUGCUGUAUGUGUGGCUCUUCUCUGUGGUGAGCGAGGAAGUCCGGCAGUUUAUUUAUGACCCAGAUGGCUUUGGGUUCCACAAAAAAGCCAGGAUGUACUUUCGAGAGCUUUGGAAUAUUUUGGAUGUUCUGUCCAUUAUCCUCUUCAUCAUCGGCCUUGUCUUUAGGCUGACGACCAAGCUGUUCUACGCAGGCAAGAUCGUCCUCUGCAUCGACUUUGUUGUCUUCUGCUUGCGUCUCAUGGCCAUCUUCAGCAUCAGUCGGACGCUUGGCCCUAAGAUCAUUAUUGUCAGGAGGAUGAUGAUGGACAUGUUCUUUUUCAUGUUCCUGCUGAGUAUCUGGGUGGUGGCGUACGGGGUAGCCAAACAGGGCAUCCUUAUCCACAAUGACAAUCGACUGCAGUGGAUUCUCCGGGGCGCCGUAUACGAGCCCUACCUCAUCAUAUUCGGCAGCGUCCCCACCAACGUGGAUUAUUCCGAAUUUAACUUGGACUCCUGCACCAUGAACGGCAGCGACCCCUUGAAACCCAAAUGUCCCGUGCUGAAUGAGAACCAAACCCCGGCCUUCCCCGAGUGGCUCACCAUCAUCAUGCUGUGCGUCUACCUCCUCUUCGCCAACAUACUUCUGCUCAACCUACUGAUCGCCAUCUUCAACUUCACAUUCCAGGAAGUGCAAGACAACACAGACCGUAUAUGGAAGUUCCAAAGAUACGAGCUCAUUAAGGAGUACCACAGCCGCCCCGCUGCCCCUCCUCCCUUCAUCAUCCUCAGUCACCUUUCCAUCUUCAUCAGGAAUGUGGUUCUUUGCAGGCCGCCACUUAAAUCACGAAAAUUCAGGACUGAGCUUCCUCACAUUGAAGAGGAGGAGCUUCUGUCAUGGGAGGCCCUGAUGAAGGACAGAUACCUGCUGUCCACCCAGCAACAGCAGAGUCAGACGAUGGAACGAUGCAUCGUGGAGACGGUGCAAAAGGUCAACGCUAUAACAGAUCGGCUAGAGCGGGAAGAGGAGAUAAGCUCUGCCAUCUUGAUUAAGCGUCUGGCCCGACUGGAGGAGCAGGUUGUCCACUCAGUUAAAGGCCUGCAGUGGAUCAUGGAGAGUCUGAAGUCCCAGGGUCUCGCUGGGAAAGAGGAGCAACCACUCCCGGUCCCUUCAACUGUAAAGGAAUCUUCCGAGACCUUGGAUUGCGUCGACGAGACAGACGGCUUCCAUGUCAAAGCCCGACAGUUCCACUACCCAAAUAGCGAAGUCACCCGCUUCCCCGUACCCGAGGAGAAGGUGCCGUGGGAGGUCAGCUUCAGCUCAUACGCGCCUUCAUAUUUUAGCUCAGAGGACAACACGGAUGGAUCAGACGCUGAAGUCUUGGAAAAUUUCAGAAACCCUGGAGGGAGGACGGGUAUCAGAGGUCAGGGUUCACUCAGUCAUCUGGGUCCAAAUCUGCACGUAGACCUCGUGAUUACACGCUUGCGGGACAGCGGCCGCUCAGUUUUGGAGUUUCUAGCAGUUGAAGACAAGCAGAAAAAGAUGGUUCUACCAGGGGGACCACUUGAAUCUGCGGAACGUCUGCCGUCGGCUCUGUUGAGAACCAUGGGCAACAGCUUGUAUGAAAAAUUACAUGAAAAAAUAUUAGAGGGAAUACUGGUGUUUCAAGGAUACGUGGACGACGUCAGAAACACAGAUAAUGCCUGGGUGGAAACCACGGUAUUCAACAUUCAUCUGGACUCAAGUGAGGAUUCGGAGGAAAUCGUCAACAUGUCGUGCAGUCACGGCUCUCUGCAGUGGGAGGAGGUGAGCUGCAGAAAUGGACUUUGCUCAGACCAAAGCGACUCUCUGAGGCGAGUCGCCAUGCUGCAUAACAGGGAUUCAUAACUCUGGUGGAGCCAUCCAUGUCACGUCAAAGUUGCACUGAAGCCAUAUCAUCACACGCUGCUCAAGUGUCAUGCAACCUCAGCGAAAGCAUGCACAAUCUUUCUUUCAUUUAGGUGUCAGUGUUACUGCUCUAUGUUGCUGUUACUUGAACUGUAAAUACUCACCAUAACAUGCAUCUUUUUGAUAAUCCUCUUGGACCAUAAUAAGCCACAUGUAUACUUGAAAAUGCACAUCAAUAAAUACACAGUAAAAGGAAAACACAAUCAUCUCCAUAUGAACCUCUGCAAAGACUACUUGAAUGUUUACUUGAAUGUUUACUUGUAUGUUCCUGCUGUCAAGGAAUUUCAAUGUUGGGUUUAUUAAGGAAUUAUAAUUUUUACUU